GCAGCUCUCACUGUCAGCCCCGACAAACAUAAGUCUGUUGGUUUGGCUGCGGAAGACAACUGAGCAGCUCCACUACCGAGUGACUGUCUCAACGCGCAGCAGCUCCAACUUAGCGCACACUGUUUGUGUUUUUCUUAAACAUUUUUUCCGCCACGGCGUUUGUUUUGCGUGCGCGUCGCAUUUGCACUUGGGUUCUCAUGCAGACCGACACUCGCUCAAAUAAUAAAUAACCCGGACAAAUAAGAACAAUAAUAAUUCAAAACAAACAAAAGCGACAUAACGGACGCGGCUCGGGUGAAAUGUGCGGCUGCUGCCACGGUCUUUUGAGGAGGGCGUCCAACACAGAGCUGUAGUUUCUCUUGCAAGAGGCGAGGAAUGCAAUCUGAGCAUCAAUGUUUCACUGGGGCAAGUGGAAGAAGAGGAUGGGAGCCAACAGUUCUUCAAAGAGACCUGUUUUUGACGAAAAGGAAGAUGUAAAUUUCGACCACUUCCAGAUACUGCGAGCCAUCGGGAAAGGCAGCUUUGGAAAGGUAUGCAUUGUGCAGAAGAGGGACACUGAGAAGAUGUACGCCAUGAAGUACAUGAACAAGCAGCAGUGCAUAGAGAGAGAUGAGGUCCGAAACGUCUUUAGAGAGCUUGAGAUCCUACAGGAAAUUGAACAUGUUUUUUUAGUAAAUCUCUGGUACUCGUUCCAGGAUGAGGAGGACAUGUUCAUGGUGGUGGACCUCCUGCUGGGAGGAGACCUGCGCUACCACCUGCAGCAGAGUGUCCAGUUCAGCGAGGACGCUGUCAAACUCUACCUCUGUGAGAUGACGCUGGCUCUGGACUACCUGCAGAGCCAACACAUCAUCCAUAGAGACGUCAAGCCAGACAACAUCCUACUGGAUGAACAAGGUCACGCUCACCUCACAGACUUCAACAUAGCGACGAUAAUAAAGGAUGGAGAGAGAGCCACGGCCUUAGCUGGAACCAAGCCCUACAUGGCCCCAGAGAUCUUCCAGUCUUUUGUAAGUGGAGGGACAGGCUACGCCUUUGAAGUAGACUGGUGGUCACUAGGGGUGACAGCCUUCGAGGUGCUGCGCGGAUGGAGGCCCUAUGACAUUCACGCCAGUAACUCAGUGGAAUCCCUGAUUCAGCUCUUCAGUACUGUCAGUGUCCAGUACAGCCCAGCCUGGCCGAAGGAUCUGGUUUCCCUUUUGAGGAAGUUGCUGACAGUGAACCCAGAGCAUCGUUUCUCCAGCCUGUCUGACAUGCAGACAUCCCCCUACCUCGCUGAUGUCAACUGGGACGCCGUGUACGAGAAGAAGAUGGAGGCCGGAUUCGUUCCUAAUAAAGGUCGCCUCCACUGCGACCCCACCUUCGAACUGGAGGAAAUGAUCCUGGAGUCGCGUCCCCUUCACAAGAAGAAAAAGAGGCUGGCCAAGAACAGGUCUCGAGACAACAGCAAGGAUUCACAAUCUGAGAACGACUACCUACAGGAGUGCCUUGAAGUGGUGCAGCAGGAGUUCAUGAUCUUCAACCGUGAGAAGUUGAAAAGGCGCCAGGAGGAGGGCCAGUCAGAGGCCGGGGGCGACGACGCCAGCGGAGACGGGGACGGGGAGGCGGAGGCCGGAGCCACGGACGACGACGCCGCGCCCGAGCCGGAACCUGAACCUGAACCGGAAGCGGAAGCGGACCCGGAAGCGGAGCCCGACCCCGAGCCGGAGCCCGAGUCGUCCUCCAAACUGAGCAUGUGCGGCUCGGUGUGCUCCUCCCCCGGCAGCAGCUAGGGCCGCGCCGCCCCCCGCCCCCCCCCCACCCACAGUGACGGUCUCUCUGGCCACUGCAGUUGUUUGUGCCAUGCCAAUAGAUACGUUCUCACCUCUCUCCUCUGUUGUAGCCACGAGCAGAGGAAAAUGCACAACGAGGCGACUUGACGCACAGCAGGACCCAAAAUGGCCCCUCACCAUGUCCUUCUGUUUGUUUUCUGUAUUUUUUUUUUUUUUUUUCUGUAGCAUCCUUCUGGUAAGGCAUGAAUGAAGCAGAUUCCCAGAGAGUCCCCGCCUACUUUACCCAUUCGCCCUAGAGUAAGCUCUAACUUCUAUGCAAUGUUACAGUAUAGCAUGACAAAUAAUGUAUCACUUACUAAGAGGUGUCUUUAAUGAGCAGAAAGCUCCAUGAGCAUGAUGACAUCCCGAGCAAUAGCAGUCCACAGUUUUUAGGAGGUGUGUGAAGGAGGGAGGGAGGAAGAAAGGGGGAGGGGGUUAAUGGUUUUGGUGUGCCUCCCUGUUCCAAAUCUGACGGGGACGACUGAAUAAUUCAGCAUACGAAGGCACUCCGUUUAUUCUGUUGCCCGUGUCUUCAAUUCACUCAUCCCCUCAGCGUCUCUUACGUAACCGUGCGCUCUAUUUGGAGCUAAUGUUUUUUCAUUUCCUCCCAGAGCGCCCUUCCUCCUUUUUAAAUUAAGUAAGCGUUCAAGUAAGCGGUGUGACUGGCGUCAUGUUGUGAACCUGUUUAAAGUUGUGCCUGUCGACGAUAACCCAGUAUCCGUUUUAUCACGUCGUAGCCGUGGAUAGGUCCGAGCGUCAGUCUGAGUUUCCCUCUUUAAAGCCAACCGCUCCUUUUUUUCCGAGUCUUCUGGGGCGGCAGGUGCUGUGAUGUGUCGGGCGAAUCCUAAUGAAAAGAAAGCUUUCUGCUUGUCACUGUUUCCCACAGUUGUUGCAAAGAUGUUAGCCCCCGCGCCAGUGCCCUAACUCAAAGACUCUGGGGAGUAAAUACCAAUCAAGUAAACGAUCUCAUCCUUUAAGAAUCCGUUAGAAAGCUCCACAUCCUCCACUAGACUUCCUGAUCUCUCGAUAAGUGCUUGACUAUUAUUAAACGCCAUCUCCCUGCAGAGCUUGGUUCGGGGCUGUGCUUAAAUGUGUAGCUGUGUCCUGUUGGUUCUUCAAAAUCGUAUAGAUGAGCUAGACUGUGAUAGUGAUAGUGGUACAUUUUAAGGUGGCACCAUUCAUCUCAGUCUGAACACCUGGGAAUAUGUAGCAAAAAGACCACCUUAAAAACAAAAACAAAACAAAAAAAAAAAAAAAAAAAACCCUAAGGCCUAACGAAAAUGACAACCAUGUAAAUAGCAUACAGUGUAGGUAAUUAAACUCACCACAGUUUUAUGUGGGACCGCGAGCUCGACAUGUAAACUUAAGGAAGAGCCGGGUGAAGCUGCGCCCUGCUUCGUUCUGCUCUUUUUUCCAAGUGUGCAGGCACAACUUGUAGGCAAAAAAUAUGCCAAAGCUUUUCUACCAUUUGCAUAACCAUUUCUAAGGAACUUUGAGUGUGUGAAUGUAUGUCUCUUUUUUCCCUGUAGUUCCUUCUGCAAGUGAAAAUGCUAUCAUUUAUACAAUCAUAAUGUGAUUAUGUGUAGAGUAUCUAUUUCAGGUAGGGAGGGGACCUUAAAGUAAUAGGAAGACAUCUUGGGAAGUACGGCUAUUUGUGAGAAUUAAGCGAGAAGACUGAUGCCACUCUCGUGUUUUUGACCUUUUAAGUUGUUAUGAAAGUGCCAAAAAAAGUUACACGCACGUCCGUAUUGAAAUGCCCAACUCAAAAGCCGAAUGUUUUGGUUUCUAAUGCUAAUUUAACAAACAUUUAAGGAUUGUAGCUUUCUACCGAAGCUCUAAUCAUCGUGCUUUUCAUUAGUUGGGAGUUAGCCAAGAUGGCGAUGGCCAGUUCAUCCAUCUUUAUACGCGACCAGUGGGGAAAACGGUCAGCCCGACUCUCUCUCAGUAAUUCAAAUCAACUUACCAGCUCCCUAAAUCCUAAUUAACAUGCUGCGUCGAGCGUGUCUGAUCCUCACUAAACCAGUUAUUGCCGUUAGCUCAUUUCCCGGGAGGUUUUUUACAGGCAAACAACCAGAUGCUCCACCAAGUCCUGAAUGGAUGUGAAAAAAAAAAAAGUCAUCAACACGUAGUUGCACCAGGCGAUUUACGGUUAAACUCCAAACUGACUGAAAUUUUUUUAUAAAAAACAGGUUUAUAAAACUGAAUCCAACAUGUAGGAGAUGCUCAAGGUUCUGCCGUCGCGUGAAAAGACGGAUGUUAAUCAAACCAUCGGUAAUUAACCUCCUGAGACCCUGCGUCCUCAUGUGGAGGCGUUUAAGUGUUAGGUGCGUCUCAGCUUCUUAUUCUGCUUAAUGUAGACCUUUUGUCCUCGUAAGUGGACUCUUUAUCGUGCCAUGUAGUGGUAGUGAAGGGUCAAUACACCAGUCAGUGCAGUAACAUGAUAGCGGACAUUUCAUCGGAUUCGUUCUGCAGACAAGGUUCAAAGUCUAAUCAGAUUUAGUUCUUAAUAAACGUAUUUGUUUAUGCUUAUAAUCUUUUCUAGUUUGAUGUAACGUGCACAUUUAAGAAAUGUUGUCAAUAGUAACAAUAAUUAGCAAGUACUCAUUUGAGGACGUUGGGACUUUAUUGUUUGAAGUUCUGUUUUUGCUUGUUUUUCUUCCAGUUCAAAGAUGAUACUUUAGUUUUUAUAGGUCCCAAUAAACCCAAGUGUUCUCGCUAGCUGGUCCACCUGCUGUUUUAUUACAAUACUGUCAGCACUAUAUGUGAGUUACUUGGCGAUUUCUGGUCUACACUGAUCCGCCACAACAUUGUGACCACUGACAGCAGAAGUAAAUAACAUUAACAAUUUUGUGACAAUUCAAUGUUCUACUGGGAAACUUUUGGACCUGGUGUUUGUGUGGAUGUUACCUAGAUAUGUAGC